GGCUGGAGUAAAAAUCAGCAAGAGGCAUCAGGCACCUUUCUGCCCGCCACGGAAAUUUCAGGAAACAAGAGAGAUUAUGCCGUGUGUCAACAGAUUUUACCCAGAUAUUUAGGAAGGCGGUUACAGCUUACACCGCCCCACCCCACCUCCAUAAAGCCCGAAAAGAUAUUCUUUUUUUUUAAAAAAAAAACACCGAUCGCUACCAAUAUAUAUAUAAGCUGUGAAGAAGUGACCAAAGCGACACUAGUCAUGGCUAGAGAGAGUGGCGGCGGCGGCACUGAUUAUACAACAGAAGAUGAUAACACUCAUUUGCUUCCUCCACCGGCCUCAUGGAGAUUAGAUAUUGAUAAGUUCCGUCUUCCUCGAGAAAGUCAUAAGCAUGGCAGUCAUGAUCGAGUCUCUUCUUUCUCCCUGGACCGUCUCCUCCCUACUUCAAGGAAGCAACGCAAGGUUUCUGAAUACUACAAGAAACAAGAAAGGCUACUUGAAGGGUAUAAUGAGAUGGAGGCCAUGACUGAACCGGGUUGUUUCCCUGGAAAUCCGACAGAGGAUGAAAUGAAGCAGCUGGCAAAGAGUGAGCGACUGGCAAUUCAUAUUUCCAAUGUAGCUAACUUGCUACUAUUUGCAGCAAAGGUUUAUGCUUCUAUGGAGAGCAAAUCUUUGGCAGUUAUUGCUUCAACUCUGGACUCCCUACUGGAUCUCUUGUCGGGAUUUAUUUUGUGGUUCACUUCCCAUGCCAUGAAAAAGCCAAACCAUUACCACCACUAUCCAAUUGGAAAGAAACGGAUGCAGCCCGUGGGCAUCAUUGUCUUUGCAUCUGUAAUGGCGACACUGGGAUUGCAAAUUCUUCUUGAGUCUGGUCGGCAGCUCGUUUUGAAGAAAGGGCCUGAAAUGGAUAAGGGGCAGGAGAAAUGGAUGAUUGCCAUAAUGGUUUCUGUCACGGUAGUGAAGUUUCUGCUAAUGCUCUAUUGUCGAAGAUUUAAGAAUGAAAUUGUCAGAGCCUAUGCUCAAGAUCAUCUUUUUGACGUCGUAACAAAUUCAGUUGGUUUGAUAACAGCCGUCCUAGCAAUCCGAUAUUACUGGUGGAUCGAUCCUACUGGAGCUAUUAUAAUAGCGUUGUAUACCAUCACCACAUGGGCCAGAACAGUUAUCGAGAAUGUAUGGUCUUUGAUUGGAAGAACUGCCCCGCCUGAGUUUCUAGCAAAGCUAACAUACCUGAUAUGGAAUCACCAUAAAGAGAUCAAGCACAUUGACACAGUUAGGGCAUACACUUUCGGUAACCAUUACUUUGCGGAGGUUGACAUAGUCUUGCCAGAAGACAUGGUUUUGAACCAAGCACAUAAUAUCGGCGAGGAUCUCCAAGAGAAGCUUGAGCAGUUACCUGAAGUUGAGCGAGCUUUUGUGCAUAUAGAUUUCGAGUUUUCCCAUAGGCCUGAACACAAGAGCAAGAUCUAAAGGGUGAUAGUACUAAUGGCUGGAGCUCAACCUUUCACUGCAAGUUCUUUGCGAAGACAACUAAUUUUCUCUUGUUCCACUGCAUAAUUGACAGUCCGUAGCUUCUUGUCUGCUUUAAUUUACCUAAUAUUCCGCUCUAAUACUGUUAAUCAAUGCUAUUAGUUUUGGUCAUGUUUUCUUGAUUAA